CGUAAAGGCAAGCGGAUUCCCUCGCCUCCGCCCAUCUCUCAACUAAUUCACGACAGCAACAUCGACGAAAUCAUUCAAAAUGGCUCGCCGUCCUGCAAGAUGUUACCGCUACUGUAAGAACAAGCCUUACCCAAAGUCCCGUUUCAACCGUGGUGUCCCGGACCCAAAGAUUCGCAUCUUCGAUCUUGGCCGCAAGAAGGCAAACGUUGACGAGUUCCCUCUGUGCAUUCACUUGGUUUCCAACGAGUAUGAGCAGCUGAGCUCUGAGGCCCUUGAGGCUGCCCGUAUUUGCGCCAACAAGUACAUGGUCAAGACCUCCGGAAAGGAGUCUUUCCAUCUCCGCGUCCGCCCUCACCCUUUCCACGUCGUCCGCAUCAACAAGAUGUUGUCAUGUGCCGGUGCCGAUAGACUGCAGACUGGUAUGCGUGGUGCUUGGGGAAAGCCCAACGGAAGUGUUGCUCGCGUCAACAUUGGUCAGAUCAUCCUGAGUGUCCGCACUCGUGAUUCUAACCGCGCCGUCGCUAUCGAGGCUCUCCGCCGCUCCCAGUACAAGUUCCCCGGUCGCCAAAAGAUCAUCGUCUCCAAGAACUGGGGUUUCACCCCUCUUCGCCGUGAGGAGUACAUGGACAAGAAGAACACCGGAAAGGUUUUCGUCGAUGGUGCUUACGUCCAGUUCUUGAGCACCCACGGCAAGAUCGCAGACAACGUUAGGCGUUUCCCGGCUGCUUUCGCCGAGACUGCUUAGAUUGUUGUUGUUGGGUCAUGACGGGUGGAUAAGAACGGCGCAUAAUUGCUUUCGAUGGCUGCAAUGGAAGGGUUUUUGAGUCAAAGGUGCUCGUUUCAUUGUAACUAUGAAAAAUAGC